UCUCCAAGGACACAAUUCAGAGGAGGAGGAGGAGGAGGAGGAGGAGGAGCUGGCUGCUCUUCUAAAGUGCUUCUGUCAGUGAGCCAGACGCCUUCCUGCCCUGUCACAGACACACAGCCAGGCAACAGCAGCAGCACAGGCUCAGCACACACCAAACAGCAGGACCCUGCCCCAAGCACAGACUCAUCCCUACAGGCUGUAUUAGCCCACGGACUACUGACAGUGAGCCUUGUCCCAAGCCCCUACUGCUCUGCUGCACUUUCAAUGAAGAGGCGUAGAAUUCUGCAUCACUUUUCCACUCUGGUUGUGUGUGCAUUUUUCCUGCUUGGAAUUUUGAAACUUCUGCAAAGUGACCCAGACCCCGCUUAUGUUUUGGAUCCGAACCUAUUGAUUUCACAGUCUGUCCGCAGCCGGAGCUUCAUCACAAAGGAGCCUCAUGGAGAAAUUAACUGCACCGCCAUAUUUGAGCUGGAGCCAGUUGAAAUUGGGAAAAGUUUAGAAAUACGGAGAAAGCAUAUCGUGGACAUUAAAGAUGAGGACGUUAUUGCAAUGACAGAUGACUGUGAGGCCUAUAAGUAUCAAAGACAGUUUGACCUGAAACCUCUUUCAUCAGAAGAAAAAGACUUCUCCAUAGCCUACUCCUUGGUCGUUCAUAAGGACGCUAUAAGCGUGGAAAGACUUCUCCAUACAAUCUACAGUCCAGCGAAUAUUUAUUGCAUUCACUAUGACCAGAAAUCAAUGCCAGCUUUUAAAAAGGCUAUGGCAAAUCUGGCCAAAUGUCUCCCCAAUGUAUUUAUUGCCUCCAAACUUGAAAAUGUGAUCUAUGCUCACAUUACCAGGCUACAAGCAGAUCUGAAUUGUUUAUCAGACUUGCUGAAGUCCCCUGUGCAAUGGAAAUAUGUCAUUAACUUGUGUGGACAAGACAUGCCAUUAAAGUCAAAUUACGAGCUAGUGGCCGAAUUGAAGAAGCUAAAUGGGCACAAUAUGCUUGAGACAUCUAGACCCUCCGACAUUAAAAAGAAACGCCAUACUUUUCACCAUGAGGUGCAGAACGUGGAAUUUUAUUACAAACAGAUGCCCGUCAGAACUUCUGUUACUAAGGAGCCCCCACCGGGCAAUCUUGAGAUCUUUAUUGGAAGUGCCUACUUUGUUUUAAGCCAUUCGUUUGUAAGUUAUAUUUUUGGUAGCCCCUUGGUUAAAGAAUUUUUAGCUUGGUCAGAAGACACCUAUUCCCCAGAUGAACAUUUCUGGGCGACCCUGGUACGUAUGCCAGGGGUCCCCGGUGAAAUCCCAAGGUCUCAGAAGCACAUGACAGACCUUGAUAGCAAAACUCGACUUGUGAAGUGGUCGUAUCUUGAAGGAAGCCUUUACCCCCCAUGCACUGGAAUGCACGUCCGCAGCGUGUGCAUUUAUGGCGCCGGCGAACUGCGCUGGCUUAUGAAUUAUGGUCAUUGGUUUGCCAAUAAAUUUGACCCCAAAGUAGAUCCUACUCUGAUAAAGUGCUUAAUUGAAAAACUUGAGGAAAAACAAAGAGAUUGGGUAAACAUGUCCUAGACAGACAUUAACUGAAUUUAAUUGUGUAGCUGAUGUGGACAGUACUUGUUUGUCUUUGCCACCAUCUCUGCCUGCUUUCAAAGUGCAAUUUCUACCAAAGUCACUUACGUGUACCAGGGUAAAGCUGCAUGUGGAAAAUUAGCCACAGUUCUGGUCAGAGUUCUCAAUGCUAAAUGUUCUGAUAACCCUACACAAACAAAGUGUAAAGAGCUUUUAUUACAGCCAGGGACACACUGAAGGCCAGAACAUUGAUCACUCAGUAAUACACCUCUCACGCUCAUUUUCCAGAAGAAGGUUUUGUUAAAAACCAUUAAAGAGUGUUUUCUCCUAUAGAGAGAGACCCAUCAACUUCUGAAGGGCAGAACAUUGAUCUCUCAGUGAUACGCCUCUCGCAUUCAUUUUCUACAUUAAGUUAAAUGGUAACUUGUACACUUUAAUGAAAGGGGAUGUCUGGUUGUCACUCUUGAAACAAUGUAGCAGUCAGUCAAUUCUCUGUUGAUCAGGUGACUUCUUCUGCGUUGUUCGAGGAGCCAGAACCAGCAGCACGGAGAAUAUAUAUACAACCGGAUGGAUACGGCUUUUAAUUGAAACUGUGUUUACAAAUAACUUCAAAACUAUUCAUGUAUCAAGCUGCUUAGAAUUACAAAGAUUUAUUUAAACUUUAUUUUAAUUGAUCUUAGAUUUUUAAUUGUAUUUUCUUCUCUUUGUUUGAGAGGGUGGAGCAUUUCUGUCCAGAAUUUUUUACCGAAUUUAAUGUUUGAACGAUCGAAUAAAAAUCGUUCGAUCAAGCGAUUAAAUCGUUCGAUUCGAACGAUUUUUAGCGAUUUAUCGAACGAUUUUUAUUCGACCAAACAAAACUUAGAAAAGUGCUCUGGAAGGUCCACAUAGGCUCACAUUGCACUUUGGCGAAGUAUGAAGUCAUUUGAGAAUAGAGCAGGGUAUUCAUUUGAGAUUUAGCUUGACCAUUUGCAUUUGCUUACAUUAAUAAGGUGCCUUGUAAUUAAAGCUGGCCAUACAUUUAAAGAUCUGCUCCCCAGGGCCAAUGAUCAGGUCAUUUUGCAGGUCUAUGGGCCAAAUAAAUACCAGGUUGAUUUUUGGCCAGUUAUUGGUUGGGCAGGAAUUCCCAAGCACCCAAUACUUGGGUCAGUAAUCUGUCUAGCUUUAUAUGACCAGUAAGUACAAAAAAAGUAAAUAAAUGAAUAUAUACCAGUUGACAAAUUUUAUCCAUAUGAUGGUGCUGUAUAGUCUGGUAGAAAGAAGGUUUCAUCAUCAGCAAAGGGUUUAAUUCCUUAUUAUAAGGACUGUCAAGUUAAUGGAAUGGGGUUGAGUGAUUUAUUGGGUUGGAUGCAGGGUUGCUUCCUUUUCUGGGGCUGGAAACUGGGCAGGACGGAUGAUGUCGGAGCCAGGGCAGGGCAGGACCAGUGACAUCAGGGGGCAGGGCUGGUGAUAUUGGGGGCAGGGCUGCUGACGUGGCGAUCAGUGAUUGGCUGCCCGACAUAUCAUUAUUUUCAAUGUCCUGUCUGGAUUUCCUACUUUCUGGACAGGAAGGUUUCAUCUGGACAACACUUCCAAAUACUGGGCUGUCCGGGUGAAAUUCAGACAGUUGGCAACCCUAGUUGAAUGGGUUCCUUUUAAGGGCUAAUAUAGUUUUGAUUGAAAAAUAAUAGAAGCGAGUCCUCUGUACAUGAAUAAAUUCCCUUCCAGUAAGCAAGCUCUUGGGUUCCAUUAAUCGCUAACGUGAGGAAUUUGUCAUUCAAAUGAUAGUUUUCUUAUUUUGUGCCUGAAAAAAAAUUAGGUUACUGGGGUAAUUGCACUGGCACAGUUUAGCAUCUGUGACUAUAAAUCAGCCCCUAUUUAUAUGUAUUUAUAUGUAUUUUAUGUAAAUGGAACAGUCCUGUUAUGCUGUCUUUAUACCAAAGUAACCUUGGGCAUUGGUCACAAAUCCUUACUUCAACCUUAGGGUUACAUGACUAUAGCCUCUGAAGCCAAACAACUCAUCUACUGGCAAUACAGCAGGGAUGCAAAAAAAAAAAAAUAUAUAUAUAUAUACAGUAUAUACACACACACACAUAUAUAUAUAUAUAUAUAUAUAUAUAUAUAUAUAUAUAUAUAUAUAUAUAUAUAUAUAUAUACAGUCAUAUUGAGUAGCACAGCCUGUGUUUGUAUACAAUUUGUGUAGACAGAGACCAAUGCUUGGACUAUAUAGAAGCCUGUUUAAUGACAAAGCCAAUGUUAUUUGCUGGUGCAGUAGGUUAAGAUAAUGUUGACACUGAAAAAAUGAGGAUUUUAUUGCCUGAACUAAUGUCAGUGAUAGAAUAUAGUUACACAAGCCCAUACAAUAUAAACAUGCCAUAUAUCCAGUGGCCCAGACCUGUUUUUUUGUUUAUUUUUGCAGCUGGCAUUUUAUUAUGUAUGUGACUGCUGUUGGCACAUCAAACAGGCCCAGACUGGAAAUAUGUGGGUUCUGGCAAAUGCCAGAGGGGCUGCUGUAAGUUCCAUGUACACUCACUAGUUAUUGGGCUGGUGGGAGCUGAGCCUCUGUGUAUCAGAAAUGCCAGGGCAUAUUGUGAAUUCCAGCCCUUUCAUAUUUCCACCAGAAGCCUUUAUAAACUCUAUACAAUGUUGGGGUUUUCUUGAUCUAAUUGUGGGCCCUGGAUAUCAGGUUCUCUUGUCCAACCCUAAUUGCAGUGUAUUUGUGAGCUGCUCCAGGCAUUACAUA